AUGCUGAGUUCCAGAAUUGCAUUACACGGUAAGCAAGCUGCGAAAGUGUCUUGUAGACAGUUCUCCGCUUUUCAACCUCUUUUCCAGGUGCAAAAUUCUAAUGCUGGCAACGCAACCGAAACGCAACCCAAGGAUGUGUUCACUUGGACUGAUUUUUUCCAACUACGCAAACAGGAGCGGAGAAUCAAUCUCGGGUCAUCCGUUGUAACUGCAUUGCUAACGAGCAAUGCUUCUUGGGCCUACUUAUCGACUAUGGAAAUUGAUCCCAUGCAAACUAUCAUGGGUUUCGAUCCUUUGGUAGUGGUAUCAGCUGGCCUCCUAGCAUCAGGUGCAUUCGGAUACCUAUUGGGACCCAUUUUUGGUACAACUGUCUUCAAGAUGAGACAAAAGUCCAAUUUGGCGGACUACAAUAAGAAAACGAAGGAUUUUCUGAGGCAUGUUAUAGAUAACCGCGUGGACUCCUCUUCACAGAGUUUCAGUAAUCCAGUCCCAGACUACUAUGGUGAAAAAAUUGGCUCUGUGUCUGAAUACAGACAGUGGUUGAGAGACUGCCACGCUUUUAGGAGAAAGGCAAAAGAGUUUUUAUGA